UUUGAUUUGAAAAUUGCCAUUAUGGGUGUGGGGUGGGGAAGAAUGGGUAAAUUGGGAAUGGGGAAGGGAGGGGCUUAUUUGGGCCAACCCCAAGGUGAUCGUGAUUUGAAAUUGCCAUUGUGGUUGGUGGGGAAGAAUGGGCCCAUUUGGAGAUGGGAGGGGAAAUUGCGAUGGGGGAAAAUGGGUGGGGAAAUUGCCAAGGGGAAAAUGGGUGGGGAAGAAUGGGCCAAUUUGGGCCAACCCCAAGGUGAUCGUGAUUUGAAAUUGCCGUUGUGGGUGGGGGGAAGAAUGGGCCCAUUUGGAGAUGGGAGGGGAAAUUGCGAUGGAGGAAACUGGGUGGGGAAAGGGGCCAAUUUGGGCCAACCAGAAAGGUGAUCGUGAUUUGAAAUUGCCAUUGUGGUGUUGCUGGGAAAGAAUGGUUAAUUGGAAAUGGGGGCAUUUGAAAUUGAGGACAGUGUGCAAAGAGGACUGAGUGUGAAUUGAA